UGUCCGGAAAAGAGAAAAUGUUUAUAUAUUCCGCUGCAGCUUGAUAAAAAUGUAGUCUCAUAGUCUGUACUCUGUAAUGUUUCUUUCAUACGUUCCAUCGCAUUCUCUCUCUAUUCUUUCUUGUGGAUGCAGUUAGUCGGCGAUAAUCUAUUUCUGUUAUAAACUGAUUGCCGAGUAAUUCAAUAAUGGCAGCAUCAUUUUGAACUUCCUUUGCUUCCUUACGCUGCCGUUUUCCCUUCUUCCAUCUCCUCCUUUUCCUCGGUCAAUCGGAAGCGAACCCAAGUUUUUUGUUUAUAUAUAUAUAUUUUAAUAUUCAAAACUCCUUUUUUUUCUGGGAGCUCGGAGUUAGAUUUGUGAUCGAAUCGGUUACUGCCAAUUUUGCGACUAAAAGCUCAAUUCGACAAGAAGUUGAGACGAAAUGCUAGAUCUCAAUGUCGCGUCGACUGAGUCGACUCAAGAAUCCUACUCUGUGCUUUUCUUUACUGAUAAGCUCAAUGAAUGUCCUGGAAACCAAAUGGACGAAUCCGAUACCUCGAAUUCGUCCAUCGUAAACGAUGAUAAUGAGUCUUGUUCCACACGCUGCAAGGGAGACGCGUUCACUCUAAGCUUCGACAUACUCAAAGUCGGGAGUGGAGGAAGCGAGUACGAAAACGACGGCGCACCGCUGGUGGUUACUAAGGAGCUAUUUCCGGUGAAGGGAGAUGGAGCUGGUUUCCGAAGUCUCGAAGGGCAAAGUUCGGGAAACGGUAGUAACUACAAAAAUUGGGCCGAUCUGUCGUUCGAGGGAAAAGAAGUUGGUCACCCGCAGGUGAUACAACAACAGCAACAACAACCGUCACAGACGACGGUGAAGAAAAGCCGUAGAGGACCUCGCUCUCGUAGUUCACAGUAUCGAGGAGUUACUUUCUACAGAAGAACUGGAAGAUGGGAAUCUCAUAUCUGGGAUUGCGGGAAACAAGUAUAUUUGGGUGGAUUUGACACUGCUCAUGCUGCAGCUAGAGCCUAUGAUCGGGCGGCUAUUAAAUUCCGAGGGGUUGAUGCUGAUAUAAAUUUCAACCUUGGUGAUUAUGAAGACGAUUUGAAACAGACGAAGAAUUUGACAAAGGAAGAAUUUGUGCACAUACUUAGGCGGCAGAGUACUGGCUUUUCGAGGGGGAGCUCAAAAUAUCGAGGAGUGACUCUGCACAAAUGUGGCCGGUGGGAAGCUCGGAUGGGGCAAUUCCUUGGCAAAAAGUAUAUUUAUCUUGGGCUAUUCAACAGUGAAGUAGAAGCUGCAAGGGCCUAUGACAUGGCAGCUAUCAAAUGUAAUGGAAGGGAAGCAGUCACCAACUUUGAGCCGAGUUCAUAUGAAGGGGAUAUGAUCUUUGAUACCAGUAAGGAAGGCAAUACUCACAACCUUGAUUUGAACCUGGGGAUAUCUCCACCUGUUGGGAACGAGUCCAUAGAAAAUGAGGGGCAUUCCAAUUUUUGUUCUGGCUCUAUUGACAUAAAUGGCAGGAAGAGUUUGAGGGCGGCAAACGCUACUGUGGCAACAGUGGGUCCAGCUCACAAAGGGCUAGCGGGGACUUCAGAUAAGCCAUUUUUUUGGAAUAAUCAGGAAGAGCAA